GACAGCACUUAAGAAUUUUCUUUUCAUAAUGUAAUAGUUACUGCUAUAGUUCUCAAAUUCUCAUUCCAAAAACAUGAGAAUUUUUACGAGGAAACUGGACUUUUAAUUCCUUCUUUUGUUGAUACCAUUUGUCAGGUCAGAUUAUUAAACAUUACUGGCCUGUGUGAAAGAAACAUGGACAAAGUCCCAGCCUGUCUCAUGAUCGGGUAUUUAUAGGGAGCUAUUAAUGGACAUGGGCUCUACAGAGAUCAUUUGCAAUCCUGAAAAUAUCACUUUCAACUUAAUAAUUACUUCUUCAAAGUGUGAGGUCUUCCCUCUUUCAGAAGAUUGAACCUGAAGAUUUAACAUCUGCUUCCAAUUAAAAAGCAGUGUUUCCCUACACAAAGUGAUCCAGGUUUGCCAUGUAUAAUUCUGUGUAUAUGUUUGAUGACAAUUCUGAUGAAGAAAUCCCUACCCAACGAGCUAUUCAGGAAAGCUUACAAGAGAGGCAUAAAAUUGAAACAAGUGACUGUGCAACAGAGGCUGAAAGUUUCCAGUCUACUGCAAGUGAAGAACAUGGAAAGAUAAUUGCAGCAAUUCAGACAGGCCAAGAAGAGGCCUUGAAGAAGUUGGUGAAGCACAGUUCUGCCUUUGAAGAAGCAGAUGAGCAAGGCUGGCUUCCUGUGCAUGAAGCUGCAGCACAGCUAAAUAAGAACAUCCUUGAAAUAACUAUGAAAGCCUCCCAUGCCGGUACGUGGGAACAGACCACUCUAAAAGGGGAAACACCUCUGCUGGUGGCAGUAAGGAAUUGCCUUGUGGACAAUGUCUGCUUGCUCCUGUUCAAUGGCUGCAAUCCCAACGUUAAGAAUGAAGAGGGAGAUUCUCCUUUAGUUAUAGCAAUUAAACAGGAUUCCUAUGAGAUUGCCUCCUUGUUGAUAAGAUCUGGUGCCAAAGUGGAUUUGCAGUGUGUCCACAAGAGAACUGCUCUACACGAGGCAGCCAGACUGGGCAGGAAGGAGCUGGUAGAGCUUCUCCUUCAUUCUGGAGCAGAUCCUGACCCUCGCAGUGGAUAUGGGCUCACACCUCUAGCACUGGCUGCACAGAUGGGACACACAGAAAUUAUGGAGCUCUUGCUGCAAAAAGGUGCAGAUGUUCUUUCACAGGCAAUGGAUUGUGCUUCUGUAUUAUUUGAAGCAGCAGGAGGAGGAAAUCCAGAUUCUGUGAGUCUUUUACUAGAAUAUGGGGCUGAUGCCAAUGUACCAAAGCACUCGGGUCAUUUGCCAAUCCACAGAGCUGCAUAUAGAGGACACUUUCUAGCCCUGAAAUAUUUAGUUCCAGUUACUGAUUUUGCUGCCAUUAAAGAAAGUGGGAUAAGUCCAGUUCACUCAGCAGCAGCAGGAGCACAUCCACAGUGCCUUGAGUUUCUCCUCAAGUCUGGGUUUGAUGCCAAUUUUAUGCUGGAUCAGCGAGUUCGCAAAGGCUACGAUGACCACCGCAAAUCAGCCCUGUAUUUUGCUGUGUCCAACGGGGAUCUCUGUUCCACGCGGCUGCUGCUGAACGCCGGAGCCCUGACAAACCAGGAUCCCAUCAACUGUCUGCAAAUCGCCCUGAGAAUGGGCAAUUACGAGUUAAUGAACCUGCUGCUCCGCCACGGGGCCAACGUGAAUUACUUCUGCAGAGUGAACACCACGCACUUCCCCUCGGCGCUGCAGUACGCCCUGAAGGACGAGGUCAUGCUGAGGAUGCUGCUCAACUACGGGUACAACGUGCAGCGCUGCUUCGACUGCCCCGGGGGAAACCACUGCCACUCGCAGUAUGUCACUGACGGCUGGACCUCCACUGUCAUCAAAGACACGAUGUUCUGUGAAGUGAUAACCUUGUCCUGGCUGAAGCAUGUGUCUGGGAAGGUAGUGCGAGUGAUGUUAGACUACGUUGAUCACGUCAAGAUCUGCUGGAAGCUUGAAGCAGUUCUCAAAGAACAGAAACUCUGGCCAGACAUCCAUUUCAUUUUAACAAAUCCUCGCUCUCUGAAGCAUCUCUGUCGUCUGAAGAUCAGGGAAUGCAUGGGCCGGCUGCGUCUCCGCUGUCCUGUCUUCAUGACCUUCCUUCCACUGCCAAACUGCCUGAAAGACUACAUACUGUACAAGGAAUAUGACCUUUAUGGACAGGAAAACUUCACAGGAAUCUACAACCUCAGCUGUACAUAGGUCUUAGCUCUAUAUUUUGA